AUGGUCGACCUGACAUGCCACGCACACUCUGCUAAUGGUCCCACAGCCAACCCGGUACCCCAGGAACUAGUGGAGGCACUCCUUCGAAGAGCGUCCCCGGCGAACGCACCGCACGGAUACACGCCUCAGACCGUCGACUGCCCUCAGUCGGCGCCCACCAUUCGAAGCGCGAACAGACUAUCUCCAAACGAGACCGCGUGGUUGGAAGUGCGCCGUAAUGCCACUGUACAGCCAAUGCACGACUGGCUUGGUCGGCUGAACAUUUCGGGAUUCGACACAAGCGCAUACAUCAACAAUCACAAAAGCAAUGCCAGUGCUUUGCCGAACAUCGCAAUCGCGGCUUCAGGUGGUGGUUACAGAGCCAUGUUGAACGGGGCCGGGAUUCUCCAGGCAUUCGAUAGCAGGACGCCGAACAGCACCAACAAGGGUCAAUUGGGUGGUUUGCUGCAGGCGUCGACAUAUCUCGCGGGUCUGUCUGGAGGUAGCUGGCUGGUCGGCUCUCUCUACUCGAACAACUUCACCUCUGUACAAGCCAGCUUGCUCAACAGCAGCGAAGGAUCAGUCUGGGAGCUUGGAAAUUCCAUUUUCGAGGGCCCGCACACUGGCGGCAUCCAGCUAUUAGACAGCGUUGGCUAUUAUUCUGCUCUGUUGGACCAGGUCAAUGGCAAGGAAGAUGCUGGCUUCAACACGACCAUUACAGACUACUGGGGCCGAGCAUUGUCUUAUCAACUUAUCAAUGCUACGGAUGGAGGUCCUUCGUAUACGUGGAGUUCCAUCGCGGAGCAAGACUGGUUCACUCGAGGCACUGCUCCCCUACCUUUGAUUGUGGCAGACAGUCGAGCGCCAGGCGAAGCGGUUGUGUCGACUAACUCUACAAUCUUCACUUUUAGUCCCUGGGAAUUAGGCUCUGACGACCCGACAUUGUAUGCUUUUGCUCCACUGAAAUACGUUGGUACGAACUUCACCGGCGGCAGGCCCCAGAGCGACCAAUGUGUUGUCGGAUUCGACAGUGCGAGCUAUGUCAUGGGGACAAGCAGCUCUCUGUUUAACGCGAUUCUCACCACUGUAAACCAGACCCAGACCGAUGGAGCAUUCUCUUCUGCUUUGCAGCACGCCUUGACCUCGAUCCUCGCAGCGAUCGGACAAGAUGAAGAAGAUAUCGCCGACUGGGUCAAUCCCUUUUACGGAUACAACAACGACACAAACCGCAACUCCGUCGACGAAACAUUGACUCUAGUAGACGGAGGCGAAGACGGGCAGAACAUUCCUCUGCACCCCUUGAUUCAACCAGAGCGUCACGUAGACGUGAUCUUCGCCAUCGACUCCUCUGCAGACACCAACACCACCUGGCCCACCAACACUUCCGCCCAAAACUGGCCCGACGGCAUCUCAAUGGUGAGCACCUACGAACGCAGCCUAUCCGACAUUGGCAACGGGACCGCUUUCCCUGCCGUCCCGGAUAUCAACACUUUCCUGAACCUCGGUCUCAAUAACCGACCUACCUUCUUUGGCUGCGACGCCGGCAACAUCUCCGGCCCGGCGCCUCUGGUCAUCUACCUCCCCAACGCCCCCUACAAUUACUACGGCAACCAGAGCACCUACAAAUUGUCGUACAACGACACGGAGCGCGACGCCAUCGUUCUGAACGCGUACAACGGCGCCACGCAGGGCAACGGCACCCUCGACGCCGAAUGGCCGGCCUGUGUAGGCUGUGCGGUCCUCAGUCGCAGUCUGAACCGCACGGGCACGGAAGUGCCUCAGAUUUGCAAUCGGUGUUUUUCGAAGUAUUGUUGGGACGGAACCGUCAAUAGCACCGCGCCGGCAUCUUACAGGCCUCCGUUCAAGCUUGCCGGGGACGUGGUCAAGGUGACGACGAGUGGUGCGGCGGGCAGAUCUUCUGGGUCUGCCGUGACGCUGGCGAUUGUGAGUGCUCUGGGAGCAGCGGCGUGUGCGAUGCUUUGA